AUGUAUCCCACCACCCCUAGCGAGUCGUACGACGGCAGGUACAGCAACGGGACUCCGGUACCGGCAGCGCCGCCGCAGGCGACGUACAACCACGCCAUGAACCACUCACGCCCCGCCGCCGGGCUGAGGAGAUGGUCCACCAGCCUCUUCCACUGCAUGGACGACCCCGGAAACUGUCUCAUCACAUGCCUGUGCCCCUGCAUCACCUUCGGGCAGAUCGCGGACAUCGUGGACAGAGGAUCCUGCUCGUGCGCCGGGAGCGGAGCGGCCUACGCGACGAUCUGCGCCUUCACGGGGAUGGGGUGCCUCUACUCGUGCGUCUACCGGACCAAGAUGCGGGCGCACUACGACCUGGACGAGGGGGAGUGCCCGGACUUCCUCGUGCACUGGUGCUGCGAGUGGUGCGCGCUCUGCCAGGAGUACCGGGAGCUCAAGAACCGCGGCUUCGAUAUGGGGAUCGGUUGGGAGGCAAACAUGGAGCGGCAGAGGCGGGGCGUCACCGGGACGCAGGUGAUGGGGGCGCCGGCCACGCCGGUCGGCAUGAUGAGAUAGGUGGUGGACGGCUGGUG